CCCCAUUUCAAAUUGGGUCUUCGUGCGUGGCUUCACGAGAGAGUUUUGGAGGGCUAGUAAGUACGUACGAAAAGUCUCGUUGUUAUUGGAACUUGGGGUGCCUAGGCAGUCUUGGGCAUUUGCACAGAGACACCUCGAACAACUGCUGAAAGCCAGAAGGCCAUUUCUGGACGGGGCCAAUCAAAUUCGUUCAUAUGGAAAGCCCUUGUUUGGAAGUGGACCGAACCGAAACAAGACGACUCUCAGUUUUCAAACAAAUUGCAUAUUCAUAACUAGUUCAGAAGGGCUUUUUGUUCCAGGCUGUAUUAAAAUAUGUCAAGACCAACUACUGGAGCGUCAAGGCCAACCACGGCGAAGGAAAUGACCGAAUCUCAAAUAGGCCAAUACCGCCAGGCUUUCAAGAUGUUUGACAAAAACCACGAUGAGAGGAUCUCGAGCCAAGAAUUGGGCAUGGUAAUGCGAGAACUAGGCUUCGAUCCCACCGAGGAUGAGUUAAAAGAUAUGAUUGGGAAUGCAGAUGCGGAUGGGAGUGGCUCAAUCGAAUUUCCAGAGUUUCUUAAUUUGAUGAUUAAAAGGUUUGCCAGUGACGACAAGAUGGAAGAGAUGAAGGCUGCAUUUGAGGUGUUUGACAAGAACAAAGACAAUAAGAUCUCAAGGUCUGAGUUAAAAUCGGCCAUGAGAAAGAUGGGCGAGUCUACCUCCGACCACGAAAUCGACGCCAUCAUUCACGAGGCUGAUUUGGACAAGGAUGGCAUGGUUGAUUAUUAUGAAUUCAUCACUGUGUUCCAACAAAAGUGAUUUAUGUACCUACAGUAUAUGCUCUGAUCAUGUUCCAGUUAAAUGUCUUAUUAAACAAGAUUACACUCA